GCAGUCCGUUCCAUUCGACACGUGUGCAAUCGUCAGCUCAUCGUUUCUUCGCUGCCUCAUCGAUUCGUUCGUCUCAGACAAACCGAAAAUGCGUCUGGUGUAUCUCUUACUCCUGCUCGGGCUUUUCGCUGAUUCGGUAAAGCCAACGCUUUUGCCGACGGGAUUGGCCCUGCUGGCCGCGGCCACACCUUUGAAAUUCCUGGUGGCUCUAUCUGGAAUCAAGAUCGGACUCCUGAAGUUGAAACUCCUCAAAGCUCAUCUCGUGGGACCACUCGCCGUCGGCGUUGCGGGCAAGGCUGCUAUCGUUGGCACCAAAGCUCUCGUUGCCAAGAAAGCGGCUAUGGUCCUAAAGGCGAAAAAGGCCCUUCUACAACUCCCGAUGAAGGCUGCCGCGAUGAAAAUCGGUGCCAUAGCCGGAGCUCACGCUGGAGCCAAAGCUGGAGUGGCCGGAUUCAGGUCCAUGCCGAAAUUCGAAUGGAUCCAUCCAGUGGUCAUUUCUGCAUCGGCUCUUCUCAGCAAACCCGUUCACAGCGCUGGAACCCCGAUCGUCCCGCCUGAGCCCCAAGAACCUUCCUACGGACACAAAACACCAUCCCGUGCUCCUGCUGCCCCGGCCUAUGCUCCCGCUCCAGAACCCCACUACCGCAAACGUCGCGAGGUGGAAGAGACUCUAGAAAGCGAAGAUCUGACACAGAGCUUCCGGGAGAUCUUCGAAUUGAUGAAGUCGAAAGACGAGAAUCUCUGUGACGCUCGAACCAUCUGUGAACUCGCCGUGAACCCGGAACUGCUCGAGACUUACGGUCCAGCGGUUCUCGGUCUCCUGCAAGAUUUGAGCGACGAUGAGUCCGAGCCUUGGACUCCCUACAAGCUCGCCAUGAACACUGGACUCGGGUCGGGGUCUCCGGACACAUGCGCCCGGGCCUACUCGAAAUGCCCGAAAACCACCGAGGAGCUCAUCGAAGAAGUCAAGCUCCAGGAGGAAAUAUCUGCGUAA